CUCGGCGUUUUCUCGCCUCGCCUGCGGUUGUCACCCCCGCCCUAUCUCGUAGAGGAUCCAUGUCAGAAUUUUCUGCGGGGAAUGCCUCAGGUUGUAGACGGGCAGAAAGUAUUUGAAGCAAGCAGGUAUCGAGCAGAAGUACUUUGUACCCUCCAUCACACUCCCCUACUCUAUCAAAUAAGAAAAGAUGCCUUGGUCCCUUGGAAAAUCUCUAGGCCUGAUUGGUCGCGGGCAAGAACCACUCUCCUUCUCUCUUACCGGAAGCCCUACUCUUUGCGCGAACACCCCUUACAUCUCGGAUCUCAACGCCUCGAGGCUUCUCUCCACACCAGAUCGUACCGAAGCAGAUGCCCGCUGGACUUACCACACGGAACGAGAUUACGAACCUGAAGACAGCUUCAAAGAGCACGCCGUGUUGUGCCUUCCGUGUUGCCAUCAUACCGAAGACAACCAGCCGGGUAUGGACGAUACUCCUCUGGAUAGAAAGGCCCGUAAUGCUCUCGAAGAGUAUUCCAAUUCUUUCGAUGAAUAUCGUCUGCUCAAACGGAGGUUAUCUACGUUAACGCACUCGCCACGGAGCGAGAAAGCUGCAUAACCGUCACCAUGUCGUGCAAUAAGCUGCGAUGCAUGCAGUUUUGGAAGCAAGUCAACCUGGCUUAAAUUUACGGCGCUACCAAUGAUCAGGAUGUUUUGGAAGGAACCUGUAACACUAUGCUUAUUUUAGAGCAUUUAGCUAUAUGUAAUUAAAGUGGCAUGAAAUGCAUGGUCGGAUGUUUCUCAUUUUAUCAAUGCAUGCAACUUCGAUAUCAUUGCCACUCUACUCAAUCUUCACUGCAAGCUGCUUUCGGCACGACUUCUAUAGCACAUCCUGUAUAGCACAUUCAACAGUCUACUGGGCUAUAUGAAACAUUAUGAGAUAGACCGAAGCGCAAUUUGUCGCUCAAGUUAAGUCGGGUGGCGAUUCCUUAUCAAAUGGUACAGAUG